AGCAAUAGGUUGCUUUCGCUUCAAUCGUUAUAAUAUAAGCUUGGAGAACAAAACGUGCUUGAUUGUGCUUGAUGGAUCAACGUUUUCUACUCCUUUUGGCAUAUUACUAAGAGUAAAAGUACAUGUAGUUGGCUGUGGCAGACUAGAAGCUGUGAUUUCCAUUUUGUAAGUUGUCCAGCAUCAUCAAGACGAGAUCACGAGUCUCUUUCGCAUACUUUCUUGUAAUUUCUUCUUACUUUAAAGAAAGAUCAUCAUUAAACCUAAACGAUCAUGUUGGUUUCUUUCCGCGCACGGGAGUGGUACCUUUUUGGCUUCAGUGAGUGGAACCACGAAGUUUUCGGUUUUGGUGCCUCGGCCGUCCAGCUCCUCUGCGUGUUGGCGUUGUACAGUCCUGCCGUAGUGCAGUCCCUGUGGUGCGCGCCAGAGUACCUCUGGUUCGCCGCGUGGAUCGUGAUUGGCGUUCACGCGAUUUUAUCGCUCCACGAAGUCAUCCGCUCGAGGCUUUCGCUCGGUUCCGACGGCCAACUGUGGGCGGAAUGCAGCGGCGGCCGGCGACAAAGAGAGUUGCUGGACGCAGCCGUUUUUGUAGCGGGAACGAUCUUCGUCGCAAUAGGACUCGGGUUCUCUGUUUUCCAGCAAGGCAAACAAGUAGAAGGAGAUGCUCUUGGGCAUCACCGUGAACAACAUGAUCCUCAUCUUCAAGGUGAUAGAGUUGUGCUGGGAGAUGCAUCAACGUCCAUUGAAGAUCUUCAAGGACUAGGUAUUGGCUACCCUAAAGAGCUCUACUCCUCGUCCUCGUCCGCAAUUAAGAACAACAUGCUUCCCUUUCCAACGUCGGCGAGUGGUGUUGCCUUCGCAGUUUUUGGCUUUUUCCUGCUUGCUGCCGGGAUCUUUAGUAAUGCUCUGUCGGUAGCCUGGCUUGGAACUCCCGGAAAACUCGGAAUUGAUGACCAGAUGGCAGUACUCUUGCUUGCUCUGAAAUUCUGCAGUACCUACUGCUUCUCUGUCGGGGUAGUAAUCGAUUUUUUCCUGGCAACUACACUGAAGCUGAACUACAAAGAGGAUCAUCAUCAUGGUGAUCGUCAAGCAGCUAGUUUUUCUGGCACGGGGACAGUGCGACCAGGCUCGUCUUUUACUUCAGCUGGAAACCAAAUUGCUAUGAUCGAACCAGCAACAGAGUCGCCUUUACUUCGUGAAGAUCAUCGGACUUUGAUCAAAAAAUCGAUUUUGAUAUUUGAUGCAGCUGGAGUAAUUCAAGUGCGACCGACUACACAAUUAGGGACACACUUAUUGCUUUGCGGCGCUGCCUGUCAAUGCAUAGCACAGGCGUUCGGGUUGGCCUUUACCGGGAUGAAAUCACGAGAGGCCGAGAUCAGGAGAAGCGUCCUGAGGCAGAGGCAAAACGGAUUUCCUGAAGCCUCCGUGGUGGAGGAAGACGUUAUCGAGGAACAACCCCCCAGAGUAAUUGCAAGUAGGGAUAGUUCAGCUCAACCGACGAGCCGCAAUUCUACCGGAACGGGAGGAGCACUUCCACUUGUGACAGAAGCAGGAGGAAUAGAGCGGAGGUCGAGUACGGGAAGAGAAUUGCGGCCUGGAGCCGGAGAGCGGAGGUCAUCGAUUGAGGUUUGAUCAUUGAGAGGUGAACAACCUUCACCUUGUUACUAUAUCUUCCUUUAGUUUGUACAAUUGCAUGAAGAGAUUGAAAUCCUUUACAUGAACGAGCUUGUUCUCUUUAGUUGUCUGGACAUUAAACUGAACGACACGAACAACGUCUCAUGAUCCUCGCAGAAAAUCCGCAGUGGGAUACUAGAAAUGCAAUCUGAGUAGGAGAUUUUUCUGUGG